AUGUCCUCCGAUUCCGAGUCGCCCAAUGCAGCACCUCUCUCCAAUGCCAUUCUAGAAAAGACACUGCGCGACAUCGUGCGCAAGGCUGAAGUCGAUCCCAUCACCGUCAAGAGAGUGCGCACUGCUGCCGAGGAACGCCUUGGUCUGGACGCAGGUUUCUUCAAGAGCCAUGACGAGUGGAACGAGAAAAGCAAGGAGAUAAUCGAGGAUGCAUUCGUACGCUGCAAUGCAUCAUGUAUGCUCACGAUCCAUACUAAUUGUCCAAGGACCAACCCUCUCAGAAGUCUCCUUCACCCGAACCUACUCCACCAAAGAAGGCUCCUGCCUCCAAAGCAAAGACCGCAAAGAGAACUUCCACAAGCAAACCAAAACCAGCCUCUAAGCGUCAGAAGCAUUCCGUGUCAGAAUCAGAACAUUCAGACUUCGAGUCCGAGGAAGNNAAAAGCCCAAAGCCAAGCCAGCCCAGAAGAAAUCCACAACGACUACCAAGCGUGUGAGCAAGGAGACCGUCGAGUCAGACGAGGAAGAUGUCAACGAUGA